CAACCGAGAUAUGGCGACCAAAGAAGGCUCUGCGCCGUCGAGUCGCGAGCGGCCCGCCGCCAUCACCACCCCGAGUGCCCCCACGAGCAACGGCAAUGGACACCUCGAACUCGAUGAUAUGCCCUCGUCGCCCAUUCAUCCUAUCCAGGAGGACUUGAUGGCCCUGGCUAGACUGGGUGAACUGCGAUCUAUACAGAAACUCUUCGACAGCGGCAAGGCAUCAGCAACCUCAGCAGAUCCCCAAGGCAUCACAGCCUUGCAUACACCAGGAGCGCUGACAAGACACCACAGNUGGGCUGCUAUCAACGGACACUACGCUCUGUGCCACUACCUCAUUGAAUCCGGCGCAAAUGUAAACGCNAAAGGCGGUGACGCAGAGGCAACACCCGUGCUAUGGGCCUCCAAGCGCUGCCACCUAGAUGUUGUAAAUCUCCUUCUACAACAAGGCGCAGACCCUCUCUUGACCGACGACCAAGGGUACAACCUAUUACACUCGGCUACUCUGGACGGAAAUGUCUUCCAGCUCAUCCUCCUCCUGCACCAAGCAGACGUACCUGUCGACAUUCCCGAUUCGCAAGGACAUACCAGUCUCAUGUGGGCCGCUUACAAGGGCUUCCCAGCCUGUCUGGAUGUGCUGCUGAAAUGGGGUGCCGAUGUGCACGCAAGAGAUGAUCUGGGUUUCACCGCGCUACACUGGGCUCUGGUCAAGGGCAGCUACAACUGCAUCCAAAAACUCGUCGAAUACGGUGCCGAUCGAUUCGUUGCAAACAAUGAAGGCAAGACGCCAGCAGUCACUGCCAAUGACAUGAACUCGACACGACAGUGGCAUCGCGCUCUCUCAGAUUGUGGCUUCGAUCCAUCAGGCAAUCCUCGCACCUUCCCCUUGACCUUUGUCAAGGACACCAAAAAGUUCCUGGAAAGGUUCUUCUUUGCCUGGCCAUUUUUCGUUCUUGGGGUUACAUUGUACAUUCUUUCCAUCAUGCCCGUAUAUUUCGGCCUACCCAUCUCUAUGAUUACAUCGUACCUUCUGCAAUUAGCGUCGCANAAGUUGCUGAAAUGGGCGCCCAGCGACAUGAAGCAUAUGCAUAAGACGCUNACUUUUACAAGUCAUUUCUUCCUCAAUUUGGUUUUCGUAGCCGCAUUUGGCCUCUGUGCAUAUUACUACUUUACAGCCAUGCUCAUGGACCCUGGAUAUAUUCCUCGCUCAGCAUCUCGCGGACAACAGAAAGCAACCAUUGAAGAGCUCAUUGACGCAAAAGCCUUUGACGAACAACACUUCUGCACAAUGUGUAUGAUCAGAAAACCAUUACGUAGCAAGCACUGCAGGCGGUGCAAUCGCUGUGUAGCAAGACACGAUCAUCAUUGUCCUUGGCUAAACAAUUGCGUUGGUGUCAACAAUCACCGGGCCUUUGUCCUCUACAUAAUCUUCCUCCUCACCGGCAUCACGCUUCUUAUCCAACUCACACUAGCGUACCUCGCCCUCCUACCUACACCGCCGGCCUCAUUCAUCCAUUGUGAAGUUCUCAAGGAGGAAUUCUGCGCACAAUGGUCCAAAGAUCCUUUCACGCUGCUCGUCAAUGGCUGGGGCAGCAUUCAAAUGACCUGGACGAUAAUGCUCCUCUUCGUCCAACUCACCCAGAUCGCUCGCGCAAUGACAACCUGGGAAGCCAUGCGCAACAACCACGCUGGCCCACUAGUCACAGCCCUCACCACGGGCUCCACCUCACAAGAAGGGGGCAGCAUUGGCUCCUCAGGCGGCGGCCCUACAACAGGAACACCACGCCACCCCACCUCCAACCCAGAAUCCUGCUUCGCGCAAUGGAAACGUCUACUCGGUGUGGACACCUUCGUCGCCACCGCUCUCCACGGCUCCCGCGCCCAAGAAGUACUUGCCCAGCGGCGGGAAAAUCCAUUUACCAAGGGCGUCAUGCGCAACUGUGGGGAUUUCUGGUUUGACGGUGAGGGAGGGGGUGUAGGGUCCAUGUUUGGGGGUAAAGAGUUGGGCAUGGGGCGUUUGGGGGGUGUCAAGGUGGAUUACAGGAAGUUGUUUGAUUUGCCGAGGCGUGCUGAGGAGGUU